GUCUGGGACCUUCUAUUUAGAAGAGGUCCUAAGUGUCUCUCGCUCAGAAUCUGGCUCGGUUUUGAUCCCAGACUCUAAAACUGGAGCUGAGGAUAGAGGAAGAGGCAGUUCUCAAAAUAGGAUCAGAGCUCAAGGCAAGAAAAUCCAGCGGUUCUCCAAAUAUAAAACAUCUCAUUCCUUGAAAGAGCUUUGUUUUAAUUAAUGAACUUAAAACACUUUGCAGGAGUUUUCUGCUCCAGAGUCAUCGCUGCUAAGUGCAAGAAGCUCUGAGGGGCGGGGCGCGUCGCGUGUGCGCCCGGCUUGGCACUGGGCUUCCGCGGGCGGCAGGUGUCGCGCGUCCCCUGCUGGCGGCUGCCCUGCCCGAAGUCAGGGCUCGGUCUAGGGAAGCGAAAGCGAAAGCGGCGGGCGCCGGGACGCCCCCCGCUUGCAGAGGGCCGCCGGCAGACAGAAGGGGAAAACGAAGGAGAGCCAGGGCGAGCCGAUUUCAGAGCUCGGUGCUCAGCACGGAGACGAAAGCCCCCCCGGAGCUGCAGUCCCGAAGCCGCCGCGGAUAACACCAUGCGGUUCUCUGACCUGAGACCCUGCCCCUUCCUGCUGUUGGCUGACUCGGCUCUCCUCUGGCUGCUUCAGGGGACACUGGGGGCUCUCCUUCCCCCGGGGCUUCCAGGCCUAUGGCUGGAGGGGACCCUGCGACUUGGAGGGCUCUGGUGGCUGCUAAAGGUGGGAGGACUCCUGGGAUUGGUGGGAACACUAUUGCCCCCGCUCUGCCUGGGGACCCCGCUGUUUCUCUCCCUGAGGGCCCUGGUCCCAGGGGCCUUGAGUGCUCCCCCAGUCAGAGUGGCUUCAGCCCCCUGGAGCUGGCUGCUGGCAGGGUAUGGGGCUGCGUGGCUAAGCUGGGCCAUGUGGGCUCUGCUGAGCUCCCCAGGAGCCCAGGAGAGGAAGCAGGGCCAGGAGAACAACACAGAAUUGAUGUGGAGGCUGCUGAAGCUCUCCUGGCCAGACCUGCCCUAUCUCGUUGCAGCCUUCUGCUUCCUUAUUGUUGCCGUGUUGGGUGAGACAUUCAUUCCUUACUAUUCGGGUCAUGUCAUUGACAUCCUGAGAGGUGAUUUUGACCCUGAUGCCUUUGCCAACGCCAUCUUUUUCAUGUGUCUCUUCUCCAUUGGCAGGGACCAUGGCGGGGAGGUCUCCUGUCUUCUGCCCCAUCAGCCCCUUAUAUCCCCCACCCCCCGCCCACUUCUGCAGGCACUGCUUCUGGACAUCCAAAAUGCUUUGGCGAAAGCAGGACAGGUGGUGCGGGAGGCUGUUGGAGGGCUGCAGACGGUGCGCAGUUUUGGAGCCGAGGCCCAGGAGAUCCGUCUCUAUAAGGAGGCUCUGGAACGGUGCAGGCAGCUGUGGUGGCGACGAGACCUGGAAUGUGCCCUCUACUUACUCUUUCAGAGGAUGGUGCACUUGGGAAUGCAGGUACUAAUGCUGAACUGUGGGGUGCAGCAGAUCCUGGCUGGGGACCUCACGCAAGGUGGGCUGCUCUCCUUCCUGCUGUAUGAGGAGGACAUGGGCCAUUAUGUGCAGACCCUGGUUUACAUGUGCGGCGAUAUGCUCAGCAACGUCGGGGCUGCGGAGAAGGUGUUUCAGUACCUGGAUCGGAAGCCAAAGCUGCCUCCGCCCGGGACGCUAGCCCCUCCCACUCUGCGGGGGCUGGUGGAAUUCCAAGACGUUUCUUUUGCGUAUCCCAACCGCCCUGACCAGCCUGUGCUCAAGGGGCUGACGUUCACUCUACGCCCUGGUCAGAUGACGGCUCUGGUGGGGCCCAAUGGGUCCGGGAAGAGCACAGUGGCUGCCUUGCUGCAGAAUCUGUACCAGCCCACCGGGGGACGGCUGCUGCUGGAUGGGAAGCCCAUCUCCGAGUACGAACACUGCUACCUGCACCGACAGGUGACUUCGGUGGGGCAGGAGCCUGUGCUCUUCUCCGGUUCUGUGAGGGAUAACAUUGCUUAUGGGCUGAAGAGCUGCAGUGAUGAGAAGGUGAUGGCAGCUGCCCAGGCCGCCAAUGCCCACGGCUUCAUACAGGAGUUGGAGCAUGGACUGAAUACAGAUGUAGGGGAGAAAGGGAAGCAGCUGGCUGCGGGACAGAAGCAGCGUCUGGCCAUUGCCCGGGCCCUUGUGCGGGACCCACGAGUCCUCAUCCUGGAUGAAGCCACCAGUGCUCUGGACGUCCAGUGUGAGCAGGCUCUGCAGGACUGGAAAUCCCACGGGGACCGAACAGUGCUGGUGAUUGCUCACAGGCUGCAGACGGUGCAGAGUGCGGACCAGGUCCUGGUGCUCAGGCAGGGUGAGCUGCGGGAGCACUCAGAGCUCAUGGAGGGCCAGGACCUCUAUUCCCGCCUGGUGCAGCAGCUCCUGGAGGACUGAGAGCUCGGGGACACGGGACCCUUCCAGUGGUCAUCUCCAUGAUCCAGAGUAGCUCGUGCUGGGAGUUUCUCUGGGCUUGUGCUGCUGGGUAGUUGUUCCUAGAGCUAUUGGCAUGGUGGAAGUUUGGGCCACGUGUACUGACCGGGGGUGGGAGAAAGGGGGGUGCUGUCUGUUUCCAAGAUCCUCAUUUCCCUGCUGCUGAGUAUUGUGGCAUAAUACAUCUAUUUAAAGUACAUUUUCCUUAUUAUGUAAAUAGCACGUAUACGUAGAGGAAAGUAAAACUAACCCUUGUUUCACCUCCCAGAGGUGACCAUAGCUACUGUUUUGCUAGCUACCUGUGUCUUAAUCUGUUUUUUGAGAUAAAUAUUAGCCAGUAUGAUGUAAAUAUUCAUGAGGUUGCCUUUCUGUGUCUUUCCCCUUUCACACUGAUAUCUGAUAUUUUGGGGGAAGCUAGGAUAUGGAGGGGUAGAACACUGUUUCCUAAUUAACAAUGUUAAUAAAAAACUGGUAAUAUCUACCAUUUAUAGAGUUUUAAUAUGAUAGGAAGUAUGCUAAAUGUUUUUCAGGCAUUAUCAUAUUUAGUCCUUUUCCUUAAGCCUAUGUGGUUGGUUAUUAUUAUCCCCAUCUUACAGGUGAGGAAACUGAGUCUCAAAGAGGUUAAAUAACUUUUCCAAGGUUACACAGGGGUGGAGUUGGAGUUGAAUCCAAGCCUGACCCCUGAGUCCACAACCUCAACCAGUAAAUUAUAUGACGUCAUGUGUUCAUAAUCUUGAAUUCAUACUCAGAUUCAGUAAAGAGCUCUGAAUUCACUGCCUUCUCUCUAGUCCCGUGGUUAUUAUAACUUUCAUUUAGUCUUAGAUGAUCUCAUCACCAAAGAGGUUUCCCCAUCAUUGGCUCAGCUCUUCUAGCUGUUCUUUGUGAAGUCAUUUUUCUUUUGCAGACACAUAAGAUGAUGUCACUUCCGUAAAGUCCUUCAAGCUCUUCCUUCCUUUCUGCUCAGAUCUUCCUCACAGCAUGUGAGGUUGUGCAGCUCAUUUGCAGCACCCUUCCCUGCUGCAUUAAGCUCCCACCGCAAACUUCCUGCCCUCCUCAUGCCUGUGCACCUUUGCAUAUGGUGUGUUCUUGCUGCUUCCUGAACCACCCUUUAUGAUUUACCCCAGUCCUUCAAGACUUAUCUCGGGUCAGGUUUUCCAUUCUGAGCUCAGUCUGGAGAAAGUGUCCUUUGCAUGUGCUUCUGUUGUCCCAGAGCUUACCUCUUUCACAGCCUGUAGUAAACUCCUCAUCCCCCCACCCCUCUGUUCUCCCACUAGACCAUGAGUUCCUGGGGGGGAAGGCCAUAUAUUUUACUAAGUUUUAUAUUGACUACCUGGCACAGGGCUCGAUUCAUAGCAGACAAUAAGCAAAUGUCUGUUGCACUAAUGAGUAAUUCUUCUCUGUCCUCCCUCCACAUGCCAACCACUGAAAAUUCAGAGCUGUGUGCAUUACUGCCUUUUGGGAGGGACUUACCUUUGAAGGUUCCUAUUCUAGGAAAGAGAAACUUUCACGUUCCCAGAAACACCAGGUGCUUUCCAGCUCUAGCAAUGAACUACCCAGAACUUUUGCAGUUUUGGUUUCUUUUUUUCAUCCUGGUAACUGUUGGGAAUGGGCAAAGUGAGAGAAGGGAGCUUUCUUAUGCAGGUAUGCCUUCGCUUCAUUCUGGUGUUAGUGUCUCAAAUACCACUGUACUUAAAUACCCAUGUGGAGAGAGACAAUUUUGGCCCAAUUUCUUUCCCUCUUAACCAAACGUCCUUCCUCUAUUUAUAAAAUGGGAAUAAUCAUUCCUGUAUGUCCCAACCUUAGGGAAAUUGUUGCCCUCAAGGAGGAAGAUGAUCUGUUAAAAUUCUUUGAUAGCCUCAGUCUAAUGACGAGAGCCUCAAUAUAAUGACACCUAAUAGUUUAAGCCUGCAAGGUUUCUUAAAAAUAAUAAAGCAGUCAAAUCUUACUUUAUAGAAAAGGAAACUGGCCUGAAACUGCAGGGCUACUCAGUGAUUGAGCUGGGAAGAAAACUCAGGCAUUCAGACGGGCAUCAGAAAGAUGCAGCAGACCUCAGGAUCUUAGGGUGUCUGGAAAGUUGGUCAUCUGAGGGAAACUCGCAAGUAGACCUUAUGUCAGGGACACAUUCUGGAAAUGUUCCCUGGAGGUCAAAGUGUGGAACUUUGGCAAAAGCCUACAAGUGUGGUUUGUUUGGUAAUCACAGAUAUGAGUAAUUCUAGUCUGUUCCUGAGUUCUAGUUCUUUUCAUUCACCCCGCCUCCCCCCCAACACCGUUUGAUUUGCCUGCCUCAUAACCUCCCCUUCUUGUCACUUACUUCGGCAUCUUUCCCAUUCGGUCAUAUUUUACUCUUUCCAAAGGAUGGUAUGAAUGGAGAGGGGAAACCUUAGGAAACUCUCAUAGAUUUCUCUGGAGCCCGCAGACAACCCAUCUGGUUUGCCCAGUGUGGAAAUGGCAUUGAAUUUCAAGUCCUUUAUUCCCCAGCCACGUAGGGUAGCCCCUUUGCCGUUCUCAUGGCAUUCAAGAGGAGACUGAGUGCAGUUGUCAGAAUUUUGGAGAAAAGAAUAGGAGUAAGGAAAACAAAGAUCUUCCUGGUUUUUGGUGCUGAGUGAGCCAAAAAAGCACCCAUCUGAUUGAAUCUGAUGCCCAUUUAGUAAUCGUAGGAAAUACUGGGUUUUGAACCUAGAGUUUUAUGGACUUAUGAAUUAUUACAGUUCAUGUAAUUGCCAUUACAAUAACAAUAAUCAUUCAAGUGCUGUGCUAAGUGCCUCAUGUAUAUCUUUGUACUUUUUCCUCAAGAUAAUCCUAGGUGCAGAUGUUACUAUAUCAGUUCUAAGAAUGAGAAAGUGGACGUUUAGGCACAUUGUCUGGCUCACAAAGCUUGGAAAAGGCGGACUCUGCCCAGCUUUACUACAAAACUCAAAAGAGUUGCCUAUACUCCUUCUAUCUGCUUACCUUCCUACUAGUCUCUUUUUAAAAAUAUAUUUAUGUGAACCAGGAAAUAUAUUAAUGGGGUUUAAAAUUGAAGAGCCCCAACAAGGUAUGUAGAGGAAACCCUCACUCCCAUCCUUCCCAUGGUUUACCAAGACCCCUUGCGCACACAGUCCAUGUUCCAAGCUUUAUAUUUAUCCUUCUAGGGAAAUUUCAUGUAUAUUUAAGCACAUUUGUAAAUAUGUUCUUGUUCCCUAUUUUUACAAAUAGGUCCUUAGAUGCACUGUUUUGAACUUUAUUUUUUUUUAUACUUAGAAAUAUACGACUAUAUAGCAUUCUAUUUUAUGGAAGUACUGUAUUUCAUUUAGCUUGUCUUCUCCUAGUGAUGGGUAGCUAGGUUACUUGAAGUCUCUAGCUAGUAUAAGCAAUGCCUUGUGUAGACAUUAUAAUACAUGUGUGCAAGAAUACCCAUAGGAUAAAAUUCUAAACGGGGAGUUGCUGAGUCCAUGUGUAUGUAUAUAUAUUACUGAUAUUGAUAUAUGUUGCAGAAUUGCCCUCAUAAAGGUUGUAUUCAUGCACAGUUCCAUCAGUAAUAUAUAAAUUUAUCUGUUUCCCCACAUUCUCAUCAACAUGGAGUGCUGUUAAAUUAGCUUUUUAGGCUUUAUCAAUUUUAUGAAUAAAAAGUGACAUCAUAUGGUA